AAACAGGAAGUCCGGACAGCACGCUUCUUUCUUCUUCCCCCCACGUUCCGGCUGCUGCCGUCAGGAUCACACACACCUCGAUGCCGCGGUCAGCUGUUCGAUGUGCUGCACUGUGGCCGGAACCGAACCCGCAGCAGAGGAAGUGGAUUUCUGAUCGCAGUUCGGCGUGAACCGGAAGUGCGUCUCCUCCGUGCGUGAUGGCCUCAGGCGGGCUGAGCUUCAGGAACAUCACCGCCCUGGCCCCCAUGGUCCGGGUGGGCACUCUGCCCAUGAGGCUGCUGGCUCUGGACUACGGAGCCGAUGUGGUUUACUGUGAGGAGUUGAUCGACAUCAAAAUGGCCAAAUGUCAGAGAGUCGUGAACGAGGUUCUGGACACGGUGGACUUCGUGGCCCCGGACGAGCGCGUGAUGUUCAGGACCUGCGAGCGGGAGAAGGACCGCGUCGUGUUCCAGAUGGGAACCGCAGACCCGGACCGAGCGCUGAUCGUGGCCAAGCUUGUGGAGCAGGAUGUGGCUGCUGUCGAUGUGAACAUGGGCUGUCCCAAAGAAUACUCCACUAAGGGCGGGAUGGGAGCUGCUCUUCUAUCGGAUCCUGACAAGAUCGUGGCGAUCCUCCAGAAGCUGGUCUCAGGAGUCUCCAUCCCCGUCACGUGUAAAAUACGAAUCCUGCCGUCGUUGGAGGAGACGGUCAGUUUGGUCCGGAGGAUUGAGAAGACGGGCGUCGCUGCCGUCGCGGUUCACGGAAGGUUGAAGGAGGAGCGUCCUCGCCACCCGCUACACCUGGACCACAUCCAGGCCGCCGCUCGGGCGGUUUCCAUCCCCGUCAUCGCCAACGGGGGCUCUCUGGAUCUGGUGAAGACGAACAGCGACAUCGAGGCGUUCCGGAGGGCGAGCGGCGCCUCGUCGGUGAUGUUGGCUCGAGCCGCCAUGUGGAACGCAUCGGUGUUCAUGGAGGGGGGGCCACUUCCUCUGGAGGCCGUCAUGGAGGACUACCUCAAACACGCGAUCCGGUACAACAACCACGCCUUCAACACCAAGUACUGCCUGUGCCAGAUGCUGAGGGACAAGGUGGAGUCUCCUCUGGGGAAGCAGCUGCAGGCGGCCCAGACCACCCAGGAGAUCAGUGAGGCCUUCGGCCUGCAGGAGUUCUACCAGCAGAUCCAGGACCAGCUGCAGGUCAAGAGGAACUCCCUGCAGAGCUGCAGCCAGCUGGAGGAGCCGCUGGUGGAGGGAGACGUCACCAUGAUGGCCGUCAGGUUUGAGCGGAGGGAGUAUCCGCCUCACAUCACUCCAAAGAUGUUCCUCCUGGAGUGGAGCCGCAAGGAGAAGCUGGAGCAGCCGCUCUAUGAGAUGGUUCAGCGUUCUGAAGAUCGAUCGUUUCAAUCUACGGUUACAGUGGAGAGCAAGAAGUACAGGUCGACACUGUGGGAGAAGUCUAAGAAGUUUGCCGAGCAGGCGGCCGCCGUGGUGUGCCUGAGGGUCUUGGGGGUCCCGGAGGGUCGCAUCGGGGAGGAGGACUCCGGCCUGGUCUGCAAGAGGAAGCUGAACGGCACCGCCGAGGAAGAGGGGAGCAAGAAGCGCCACGUGUUCGAGACCCAACAGGAAGCGGACAGCGCGGCGAGCGGCGACUCGACGAAGAGUCAGAAACUUUGAGACGAGAACUGGAGGAACCGACGGAGGAACCGAUGGAGGAACCGACGGAGGAACCGACGGAGGAACCGACGGAGGACCGACCGAGGACCGACCGAGGAACCGACCGAGGACCGACCGAGGAACCGACCGAGGAAGUUCUCCUCUUUUGGUUCUCUGAUCAAAAAGCUUCUAGGUUCAUUUUUGACAUUUGUAAUAAUCCUCGAAAUUCAGUUUAGAUUAAUUUGCUCUCAAAAAGAGGGCGGGGCUACAAGGUGAUUGACAGGUUUCUGUGGUGUGAUCAUCCCACCUUACAGAGUGGAGCAAUGACACACACACACACACACACACACACACACACUUUCUUCCGGGGCGGAGGGAGCAACGUCUUUAUUGUUCAUCUUUUUAUUUUAAUAGAACCCAUGUUUGUUUUUGACCUGGUACCUGAAGAGGUUCAGGUGUACGUGGUCAGUAGGGGGAGGAGCUGAAGCUAAGGGGGCGGAGCCGAAGCUUCAUAUUCAGGAUUCAUCGUUUAUUAAUUUUAACCUCGGUGCCUUACGAAGCUUUUUAAAUCCCAAUGUUGGAAACUUAAAACCGUCGUUUUCUUCUUUUCUGCAGAUGUUUCAUGUUCAUUUAUUAUUAAAACACACGAAAGAGACAAA